AUGGCGACACGACAUUACGAGAGCAAUACCAGUGGGAUGAACAUCGAUCGAUUCCUCGACAAGUUUGAUGAAUCCACACUAGUGACUAUGAAGCGCCAUUACUGGACCGCCAAACAACUCUUGAGAACUAAACUUGGCAAAAAGGAAGACGAACAUCUUCUUGCUUCGGACGCUUCAUUGGACUCGAAGUUAACGUUAUUCCGAUCUGUGAGGGACACUUCAGAGAAUCUGCUCGCCUCGGUCGAAAACUACCAGGCUUUUCUCCUAGACGCGAUUCUCUGUGAGAAUGAACUCGGGAAGUAUCUGAAAGAACAAGGAAAGAACGAUAAACGCGAGGAAACUGGCCGAAUGAUGGUCGCACUCGGUCGAGCGAUGCUUUUCAGUAGUCAUCAGCGAGCUGCCGUUCGAGUGCCCUUAAUUAGGUUCUAUCAAGAAUUACAUGUAUUUGCUGAGCGAGCGAUCUUCGACUGCUCGCAAACAGUGGAUGCGGUUGAAAGAGCACGUCUCGAAUAUCGUGGAAGUCUGUUAUGGAUGAAGAAGACGAGUGAAGAGGAAACACGCAUGAGAGAUCGGCCCGUCAUCAGCAUCGAAAAUUACACCAUAUACUGCGGCGAUGCUGAUGAGAACAAAGUAGAAGCCGCUGAGGACAACAGUAAGGAGGCCUUCUAUGAUGAAGUCAAUGCGUUGAUGUCUAAAAUACCAAGCCAGCAGGUGGUCAUUGUCGGAAUCGACGCAAAUGCGAAGAUGGGACUCGAACAGCAAUCCGAUGUGCUAGGAAAAUGCUUCAAUAUACGGUUCCACAAGAGAAACCGAGAAGUCCCUCUUCAACCGAAAAUCUAUAUGGCUGGUCUGAAAGACGAUGAAUGCAGAACAAAAUUCCGCCAACGUGUGUCUAUUCAUGUUGGAGUGCGGACCUGGAAGAAGCUUAGCGAUGCGGAUUCCUUCACAAAGUGCAUCCAGGACGCUGCAAGAAGCAAGUUGCGUCGUCAACUGCAACAGGACCGCGAUAACGAGUGGACGUCAAGAGCGAUGGAGUUUGAGAAGGCGUGGGAGAACAGGAACCCGCGGAAAGCCUAUGCUCUACUAAAACAGUAUAGCGGCAGAAUGAAAAGAUGUUCCCCUGUCCUCAACACUGCCAAUGGGGUAGCUGUCGGUGAAGCAACCCUUCCAGUUUGGAAGGAACACUUCAAGACCUUGCUGAACCGGCUAGCACCGUCAGUUCCUGAACUCGAACACGUUCAUAGACCGACAUAUGCGGUUAACGAGGAGCCACCGACCGCGUCGGAGGUCCUGGUUUGUAUUCAAAAAAUGAAGAAUGGAAAAUCUGGUGGAGACGACGGGAUUAGCGCAGAAAUGCUAAAAUAUCUUCCUCCGUCUGGGAUACGUGAGAUGACAAAGACCAUCCGUUCAAUAUGGAUAAACGAAGGGAUACCUGAUUCGUGGAGACACGCUAUCAUAAUUCCCCUCCACAAGAAGUUAUCCGUCACGGACCCAAGGAAUUAUCGAGGAAUCUCUUUGCUGCGUGUUAUGUACAAGGUAUUGGAGCGCAUUAUCCUGGACCGACUCAUUAAACAUCGCGAAGAAACAACGCGCGACAAGCAAGCUGGCUUUCGUCCUGGCGUCUACGAUUGA